ACUGUAGCUUAAACGAAGUCUAAAGCUCGUCGUGAGUUGACGUUUGUUCCUCGGAAAGUUAAAGGGAAAGAAUGUCUGGAGGGCUUUUAGUGACGCUGCCUCUGCAGCUGGCCUGCCAACUUAUCGGAGGAGGGAAUUCAACCUUAGACAGCAUUUCCGUCGUACUGAACGAGACAACCACGUUGCCGGAGGGUUACACAGCUUUCGAAGACGUCGGAGUCGCCUACAAAUACUACGCCAAUAAAAUGACCUGGAACGCAGCCCGGAAACAGUGCAUCGCGGUGGGUGGUGAUCUGGCUGUGAUCGACUCCUUCGACAAGGUCGGAUACGCCGCAAGCCUGAAGGAGAAGAGCAUAAACACCCACGUGGGCCUUCACAGAUUGUUCAACAACAUGGAAUGGAUGAGCGUGAAAAGCGGUGAGCCCGUCGCUUUCGUACCCUGGAAACCAGAGGCAAACAUGAAUUCAGGAGCCGGAGGAUGCACGGUUUUGUGGUUCGACGGAAGCGGAUUGAGUCCAUCGAACUGCAGUCAGGAGUUGCCCUCAAUUUGCGAGAUUUCCUUGUUCAAAGGACACAAGCGCAAGCUGGAGGUUCUCCGGAGAGAAGAGAACGUCGAAUCGUUGCGACAGACCGAAAUAACGGUGAACACGAAGCGCGUGACAAGCUUAGGGUGAACCACCAUCGAUCAUACUGUGGCACAUAUUCCAAUAAAUAACUGUUCCAGCUAAUCGUUCAGUUUAUUUAUUCCCCCUCCCAUUUCGUUCGUCGUUUCUUUAUCAAUUAGGUACGUCAAACUCGGCACAGCUUCGGCCGGGUCAGGUCAUCGCAGAAGUUAUGGCUUCCGAUAAAGUCCAGACACAGCUGAAGUAGCUGUCGCCAGUACUCAAGUUAAACAGAGCCAAGACGUCUUUCAGACUUUAAACAGUGCCGGAGACUCGAUUGGUUGGUUUACUUCAAGUGACGAACAAACUCUCAGCAUGUACAGUCCGCUGGCCGUGCUGCCCUUGCAUCUCGUUUGUCAGCUGAUAGAUGCCGACAACUUCACCGCAGCCAAUGUCAGCUUGGUCACGUUGAUUGAUCAGUCUUAGAUCGGUCGUUGGUACCGAAGGUCGCCACUGAGCUGCCUGAUGGCUACGCGGUCUUCCCGGAUAUCGGAGUUGCCUACAAAGUCUACAAGAAUAAGCUCCUCUGGGAUAAGGCCCAAAAAAUUUGCAUCGCUGACGGAGGAUACUUGGCUGUAUUGGAUUCGUUCCGGAAAGUGGAGGUCGCGACGGGAUUGAAAGAAACCAGCGCGAAUCCGUACGUUGGAUUUCACAGAAUUUUCGACAGCACCGAAUGGACCGAGAUGAAAACUGGUUUAACCGCGGUAGCGAUACCGUGGAGAUCCGACUCGCCAGACAGUGAUGCUACACGAAAAUGUGUUACUCUAUGGGCCGAUGGAAGUGGACUGUACGCCACGAGAUGCAACGAGGUACAUCCUUUCAUCUGUGAAGUUCCAAUAUUCAAGGAAUGAGGACUGCGUUUAAUUUUCAACCAGAUACAAGAAUGAAUAGAGCUACUCGAUGUAAGAUUUAUAAUCCAGUGAAAUAAAUAUCAGACGACUCACUCGUUGUCUUACUCAUUCGUA